AUGACAGAUAUUAAUGCCAGAAACUACAAAUUCAACUUAGAAGUUCUGCCUAUUAUCGUUGAAGCUGUUAUUAUAUGUGGAAAGCAGAGGAUCGCCUUGCAAGGUCGUAAGCAAGAUAAAAUCAACUUUGACAGUCCUGCAAGACGAAACGAGGGAAAGUUUUAUUGCAUUGAGAUUGCUGCUGACCAGAUUCGAGAUUUCUACAGAGAAUACUUGAGGGAAUGGGCACACUUUUCAGUUGUAGCAGACGAGGUUACAUCUCACGGGCAAGAGAUAUUGUCAGUUUGUUUACGGUUCUUGGAAGUUCAAAAAGGUAACUUUGAGCUGAAGCCAAAGAAACAUGAAGUCUUGCUGGAUUUCGCCUUUCUUCAAAGGAUAACUGGGGAAUCUAUUGCACAUGGUAUCCUAUGUGUUCUUGAAAAGCAUAAGAUUGACAUCAGGAAUUGUCGAGGACAAGCGUAUGAUACAACCAGUUCAAUGAGCUCAUCCAGUGUUGGUGUGAAAGCGCAUAUCAAACGUGUGGCACCUGAUGCAGAUUAUCAAGGCUGCUGCUUACACAGUCUGAAUCUAGUACUAUGCAAGUCGUCACAAAUAACGGCAAUUAGGAACAUGUUUGACAGUUGCCAGCAAGCAUACCUAUUUUUCCAUAACUCUCCCAAACGACAGAGAUUUCUGGAACACGUUAUUAGCUGUCAGUGCCCAGCUACCAAGAAGACAAAAAUCAAUGGUUUGUGCAAGACGAGAUGGGUUGAGAGGCAUACAACGUUUGACACAAUUCUGGAACUUUACACCUAUCUUAUUGAAACCUGGAAUGAGAUAUGUUACCCAAGCAAUUGUGACAAACUUUAUCCUGAUGGAAGCAACUGGAAAUGGAAUUCAGAAACACGAACUGCUGCAAAUGGCUUGAGGUACACAUUUGUUGAAUUUGAGCACAUUGUAGUUUUCAUGCUUGUGAAACAGCUUCUUGAACCCAUACGUCCAAUUGCAGAGUGUCUGCAAGCAAGGUUGCAGGAGUUGUACUUUGGCUUCAAGAAAGUUGACGAAGUUGUCCAAUUUUACAAAAGGAUUCGAAACGAUGUGGAUGUAGAGCAUAACCGAAUAUACGCUAAAGCCAAGAAGCUAGCCGCUGAUAUUGGAAGUGAUGAAGCAAUGCCACGCAUCAUAAAGGGAAGGCAAAGAAGAGCAAAUCCUACUGUGUUGUUGCCUUGUGAUUACUGGAGAGUAGCACUGACAAUUCCGUUUUUGGACUCCAUCCUUUCUGAACUUGAGUCUAGAUUUGCAAGCGAUAAAAGAGAACACUUUGAACUCUGUGUUUUAGUACCAGAAUUCAUUACCAAGAAAGAAAGUUUAGAAGAAACGGUAGGAAUUUUGACAUCUAAAUGGGGACAUCUGAUGCCAACAGAGGAUAACUUUGAGAGUGAACUUAUCCGUUGGAGGCAGCACUGUCAUGGGAUUACGGAGAUCAAAUCCAUAACACAACUUUUGAGCGAGGAUGCUGAUCUGCUAUUCUUUUCAAAUGUUCGAGAACUGCUCUGCAUUCUAGCUGUUCUUCCAAUUGGUAGUGCGGAAGCAGAGAGGUCAUUUUCUUGCCUCAGAUUAUGCGGUGCGAUCUUGCCCAAUAUAGAGGAGAGAAAGUACAACAUGAACAGCAGCGGCCAAAGCAGCAAGUUGCACAUUCCCUUAGGAGGAAUAUCAUCCAUUCAUGAGCAUCUUGUGACGAUGACGUGGCGCGACAGUACGCGCAAUAAGGAGAGUAAGAAAAAGCGUACAGCAGCGGCAAAAAUAGCAAUUUGA